CAGGCCUUCCGGCGGCGGCCGGAAGCGGGGCGGCGGGCAGCAGUAUGGCGGCGGGGUGGGAGCGCCCGUCGGUCGCUGCCGCCGUUACGCUGCUGCUGUCACUCGGUGCCUCCGCGCCUGGGCUGCUGCGGGGAACCCCCGCCGCCGCCCGCUCCGCCGCCUCGCUGCGGCCCGCCGCCCUGCGUGCGGGGGAAGUUCACAGGUUAGUUACCUACAUCUUUGUCUACGAAGACCUCAUAUCCUUGACCUGCGGUGCCAUUAUCAUCUGGUAUUUUGCUGGCAGCUUUGAGAAGAAUGUUGGCACUGUGAAGCACUGCUUCCUCACUGUCAUGUUUGCCGUCGUCUCCGCCCUCCUGUACCUCUUACUCGAGACCGUUGUCUCAAAGGUGUCAGAGGUGGAAGAUGCCAAAGGAUUCAUGCCAGUAGCUUUUGCUACGUUGGGUGUGUCCACUACCCGCUCACGGAUGAAGAGGACGCUGGUUUUUGGCAUUAGAGUUCCAGUGGUACUGGUGCCAUGGUUUAUGCUCUGCAUAGCAUGGUUUAUCCCCCACUCUUCUCUCUUGAGUAACCUGUGUGGGCUCCUAGCUGGAGAAGCCUAUGGUCUUGGCUACUGUUUCUGCUUGGAUUUUCCAGAGUCGGUGAGCUCUAAACUGGACCGGGUCUUCCCUUUCAGACUGCUAAAGAGGAUACCAGGGCUGAAAUAUAUCCCAGGGUCCUUAGCAGAGAGAAGAGCCUCCGAAAGUUGCAAGAUUAACCCUGCACCAGGCGCAUACCCCACCCAAAGCUACUACUGCUCUUCGCCUCCAGCUCUUCCCGCUUUCCAGAUGCAGCACCCCAAUGCUCAGAGCCAGGGGUUUCAACACAGCUGUGCUCCAGGAUGUGGCCACACUCUGGGACACAAGGACUCUCAGCACAGCCAUGCUGCAGGACACAGCUUCCCUUUUUCCCCCUACCAAGCCAGAGGUGCCUUUGGAGAGUGUUACGUGCAGGCCCACACUGGUGCUGGAGCCUCGUCCGGACAGUGCUGCCAGCUGGGCAAGUUCUCUCCCCCACAGCAUGCGUGCCUGACUGAUCCACAGACACCCACAGGCGUGGGCCCCCUGGCUGGGGUUCAGCAAGUGUCAGGGUACCCAGCAGCCACAGUGGCUCCUGUUUCAGCUGAACUUUUGAAAGUCCAGGUGUACUGAUCCUCCAGAAAGCAGCAGGACGCUCAUACUGUGGCAGGACCAUGGUGUGAUGCUCACACAGCAGUGCGUUGCUGGCAGCUUUGCUGUAUCUGGGGAAUGGGUUGGUAGCUCCACUGUAGGCCAUUCCCCUGCUCCCUGGCACAAACUAUUUUAAUUAUAUUUCCUUUUAUAACUUUUUUUUUACUUUUUUAUAUUGCUGGGGGAUGUGGACUGUAUUGCCUCUGCACUUCUCAUCCUUUCGGAGUCUUUUCAUUGCCAUAUUUAACAGCUGCCUUUUUCCACACUGCCACUAGAGUUAUGGUGUAUCAGCUCCGCACCUCAAGCUAGGAACCUAAUUGUCAAAACACUGGACUAAUCUGGGCUUUAACCAGGCCGCAGCAAUAAGCACAUAGGGGCUACACAGAGGCUUUUAGCCUCCUAUCUUGUUUACAGGUGUGAUGUAACUAGGACCCAAAAGAGGUAGAAAUCAUGAAAACCUUAGUUUAUAACUUAAUAUUUCAGUGGAGGAGGACAAAUGUCUCUGCUACCAGUGACUUCUCCACUAAGAGUGUGGCUUGAAGGAGGCUUGUUAAACCAGGGCUGAGGCAAGAGGAUAGAAUACAGAAGACCCUUUUCUGCCCCCCAAAACACAGCUCUAAAAUGCUGAAGGUCCUUCUUAGCUGCAGUCUGUGCACAUAUCAACAUGUUACCUUCGUUAUCGGAUAGCACUGCUCUAGCUGAGCCUGUGUUGCCAGCCCUUAUUGGUAAGGCAACCUCAGAUGCGUGCAAAGCAGUGGAAGACUUUUCAGUAAAGGAUUUUGCGCAUUUAUGGAGCAAAUGUAUAUAAAGCCAAGGAGCUGGGCAGGACCUUAACAGUGGUUUAGAAGAAUUAACUGGAAUGUAGCAAUUCCAUUGGGGGUGUUCACACUGCUCAGCUUUAGAUGUCUCACCCACCAAUAUUACCACAAUCUCUCUCUGUUUUCUUCAGAGCUGGUGGAAAGGGCUGUGGGAGAGGGGAGUUUUCAGCAAGGGAUUCAGAGCUGGAUGCAGUGUUUGGUGCCUGUGGGAGUUCGGUCGAGUUGGUGGGACUUGAGCCUUAUUUCCAGCUCUGUAGCUGCUUUACUGUGCCAGGAGGAAUCUGCUGUCUCUGUAAAUCCGUGAUCUCAACUAUUGUCUUUGACUCUUGGCUUAGAGUUUUGUUGUGCUCAAAAAAAAAAAAAACCCAAACCAAACACAAAAACCCCAAACCCAAAAACUAGUGCUUCGUGAAGCACAAAGUGCCAUUACUUGGAGAUGUUCUUGCAGUGCCUAACCUGUCCCUCUGAAACCGCAACAGCCUCGGGGCUCCUCCGUGCUAUCAGCGAGCCAAGGUCGUAGGCAGCGUCGGCAGCUGCAUGCUCCAGAGCACGUACGUGCCUCUUCCUUUUUUCUCCUCCUCAGUGUCUGAAGAAGCCCGGUGUUGCCGUAGAGCCGCUUACUUCUCCAGCAGCCCUUCUGGGAUGACUGCCACAGUUAUGUGUGGCCUCGCAGGGGCUUGCUCUGGGGGAAGACCAAAGUGAAUGCUGAGGACUUAGACCUCAGUUGCGCAUUAGUAAGAAGCUCUGCUCGCAAAGGUGGGCACUCCUGCAUGGGGGCUUUCUGCAGGUGGAUGCAGCAAUUUGGGAACCAGCCUGGAGUUGGUGACCAGCUCCCUCUCAUCCCUGAUUGCUUCAGUGCUCCAUGGGAUCACAAAUGGACUUGACUUCACAGUCCUGUUUUUCCUGCUGACAGCAAUUGCAUUGUUACAUGCUUAGUGUGGAGCAAGAACAGGAUAAGGUGCUUGUUUGGAACUUAGAAACCUGUUUUUAAUACCAGGAAAGAAAUACUAGAGAUAACAUGGAAAUGUUGAUACUGCACUCUCGCUAGUGCCUUGUUUUUCCUCCCUGUGAGAUCCUUGCCUGUAAGCCUAGGAAUUUUAUCACUGAUUUUUCCAGAAGCGUGCAGAAGGGUGAUGAUGACUGGUAGCAAUUGCAAAUAUUGUAUACCUUCAAAUUGUAAGUUUUAAACACAAUCUGAAAGACAAA